GGCGGCCGCAGCGCCUCUGCCCGGGGGUCCCGGGGGUCCUUUCCUCUUGUGCAUCUUCCAGGCUGGAUGCCCGAACCACCGGCCCCCAAGCCCGGCCUUGCUCUGCCUCCUUCCCCCGGCCCUGUCGCCGCGCACGUGCCCUUCCUGAGUCCUGCACCCCUCGUCAGCGCCCCGCGGCCGUCGAUCCCGAGCCCUCGCCUCCCUGCUUGGCCGCCGCACUUCCGCCUCGGGCCUCGGGCGCCGCAGCACCGGAGCGCGGCCACUGGACUCGCCGGGUCCAAAGCGCCGAAACUACAACUCCCGGCAGACAGUGCGAGGGCGCGCAUGCGCUUGGUGGCGGCGAUGCGCAGUGUCGCGGGCUGCGCGAUGGCCUUCGUGUUGCGCAUGCGCAGGGCGGGGCCUCGCGGAGCGCGGGAAAGAAUCAGCGCGCGCGCAGGUGUGAGCGGCGGCGACCUCUGUUUAGUUCACGGCGUUUUGCAGACACCCACGGGCCCCGGCUUCACGUGGGCUCUCGGGCUGUGGGUUCCUCACUUUUCGGUGAUCCGCGUAGUGUCAGUGUGGGGCUUGUCACCCGGAGUGGGAUCCACAGGGUCCACCCUCGGGCUAUGUGAUCCUUCAGCUCCCGACUCGCCUCCGGGUUUCUGUGAGGGCCAGUUUGGCCAUUUAUGUUUUCCGAAAAUGGUAACGCGGAUAAUUUAAGGCACUUAUUGCCAACGGAUCCGGGUAGAGCUCGUUUCUGAUAAGAACAGAAGGUCCUCAACGACUUCUGUGGCCCAGAUUUUUCAAGGGGAAGAUAAAAUGACUAAGAGGAAGCUGGGGACCUCAGAAGAAGGAAUCUGUCCUUCAAAACCCCUAAAGACCCCAAGGAUAGAAGACUCUGAUGGGGACCUCCAGAGUUCCACAUUGGGCUGUUUGCAUCACCCUGAGGUGCUGGAGGGCAAGCUGGGACCUGUUCGCUCUACACAGCAGCACGGGGAGGAACCAGGAAAGGCGGUCUCCAGCUCCCCCAACGAGGAAACAGGAGCUCCCUGCAGGCUCCUCCAUCAACCAGAAAAGGAGCCAGCUCCCCUUCCUCCUUCCCAGAACUCAGUUGGGAGGUUUGUUCCCCAGUUUGCAAAAUCCAGGAAGACAGUGCCAAAAACAGGAGGGAUGAAGGAUGAGGACCUCGGGAGUGGGCCCUUUAGCCUGGAAACACUGCCAGAGUCCAGCGCCCAGCAGGCAGGAUGCCAGCCGCUAGUGGAGACUCUGGGGCUCCCCCUCCAGGAGGCCACAGAGCCAGGGGACCCAAUGCAGGCAGACGGUGCCCACCCUAAGCAGAGCAGCCAGAGCCCCGUGAAAGCUGUGUCCAGCAGUGGGGAUUCUCAGCCUGAGGACCCUCCAGGCAGGGGGACGGGGUGGUCCACCUCACAGAGGGCCAGCCAGGACCACCUGUUAGAACAAGGGACCGACGAUAGCAGGCCUGAGACAGAGAGGGCUCCCGGUGAUCGUGGCCAAAAGGAACACCUGCCAGGCAGCGAUUCUGAGGGGAAGGAGCCAGACAGAGGAGCCCCCCAGGAGGGAGGAGCCCAAAGGACAGCAGGGGCUGGCCUGCCUGGAGGGCCCCAGGAGGAGGGAGGCGAUGUCCCCUGCGCCCUAGCGUCAGUUCCUACCUCGGGCUCUGCUUUGGGACUUGGCCCUACCUCUUGGUGUCUGGAACCCAGGUCUGUGGCCCAGGGCUCCCCUGACUCCCAGCAGACCCCCAGCAGGAUGGGCAGGGAAAGGGAAGGGACUCAUAGAAGCCUGGAAUGCUCAUCCCUUGGGAUGGGUGUCAUCACAGACCUGAGCACAGACCCCACUGAGCUGGAAGAGAAGGCUCUGGAGGUGGCUGGGCCUGACAGGCAGGUCUGCGCCAUGUCACCUGCCUCUCCCGAGAGGAAGGCCGCUGAUGGAGGCCACGGGAGAGCCCUGCCAGGCUGCAGCCCACUCACUGGGGAAACCACCAGAGGGAGAGGUGAGGCAGGACAGGACGACAACCCCCCGGAUGACGUCCCAGUGGGCCCUGCAGCCUCCCUGGUUCUGGCACCUGGGAGCGGACAGCCCAUGAUGGGGGCUGGAGAUUCCGGCCAUCCAGCCCUGGACACAGGUCCACGUGUCGGCCAGAAGCAGGAGCCAGGCCCUGCUCAAGAGGCAGCCGAGUCAGGCAGCCAGAACCUUGAACAAGACCUCGAGGGGCUCAUUCUGUCCCCACAAGCCUCUGUUCUGCUGGAACACAAAGAAGCAGCAGACGGCCCUCUUCAGGAGCCUGGGACCCAGCAGAGCGGUCCAGACACCACCUUGGACCUGGCAGGGCAGCAAGACCACCUGCCUCAUUCUGCAGACGAGGCCACCUGGGCAGACUCUUCAGCUGUGGAACUCGACUUCCUGCCAGACAGCCAGAUACAGGAUGCCCUGGAUGCCUCUGACUUCGAAGCCCCACCUGAGCAGCUCUUUCCUUCGGGGAGCAAGCCGGGCCCUUGCUGGCCUGGCCCCAGCCCACACGCCAGUGAAGACCCUGUUGCAGUGACCAGGGCCCAGCCGAGGACCUUCGUGGGGAUCCAGGCCUGUGAGGCCCCCAGGAUGGAGGACGCCACCAACAUCGUGCGUGGCCUCAUCGUUGAGCUCUCCAACCUGAACCGGCUGAUCAUGGGCACCCACCGGGACCUGGAAGCCUUCAAACGCCUCAACUACAGGAAGACAAAGCCGGGAGGCAGCCCACUGCCUUACCCUUCAAAGGGGCCUGGGGAUGUCCCUCGAGGGGACCAACCCUGGAGGGAGUUGUCGGCGGCUCUGAGGUCUUUUUCCUUUGCCACCCAGCCCCCAUGCCUGUGGGCCCCCAUGGGUGACCUGAUAGUUUUGAUCUCCUCCAAGAUACUCCCAGGGGUCCUAACGGACCCCACAAACCCCCUUUAGUUGCCCGGAAGUUGGUCUCUAAUGGACCACACAAAGGAGGCCCUGAGGUCCUCGCCUGGCCAGGGUCAAGGUCAGCAGCCCCCUUUGGCUUCAGGCAGGCCUGAACUCUAGGAAGCCCGCCAUGGCCGCCUCCAAGCAGGGCGCAUCCUGUUGGGAGUUGCAAAUGUUAGGCUCCUGAGUCAAGGUUAUGGAAGGUUCAGAAUUUGUUUCUUUCCUGGAGAAGAGAGCUCCCUUUGUUUUCUUUCUCCUGAUUUCCAUUUUAUUUCUUCUGGGAAGACCCAUAAUAAAUGAUUCUGUAAUGAG